AUCUAUUAUCUGAUUAUUUCCUAUCCCGUUGGUGAUCCGAUGUAACCUGUUUGUUGUAUUAUUUUUUUUCAAACAUUUAUCAAAAGAAAUGUUAAAGUGCGUAAUCUGUGGUUGUAGCGAUUUUUUUAAAGCGUCUGGUUAUUCCUUUUGUAUGAUAUGUCAAACGCAAAGCCAGGACAUUGGAGAAGAACUAGAGUACGAUGUACCUAUGGGCAAUACUACGAAGUUGCAAAAAACAAAAAUCUAUCGUGCAAAACGUGAUAGAACAGAUGAGGUUGGAUGGACAUCUUGGGAAUUAUAUAAUUUUGUUUUAAUUGGUUUGACAAAUGAACUUAUUGAACUUGGUGUAUCAGCCGAUAUAAAAAUAACAGUGCUACAAUUGUGGGCAAGAUAUCUGGGAAAACUAGAAGUAGCUUUUGUCUCUACAAAAAAGAAACUGAUACCAAAAUUGGCUAGAAGAUAUCAUAAAAGAGAUGCUGAAAUUCUAUAUGGCAGAGUUGCACAAAAGAGACCCAAAAAACGGAUAAAAACUGAAAGUAUAGCAGAUUCUACAAUUAUCUAUCCAAACGAAGAAAUCUCCUGGAAAGAAUUAAAUAGGAAUAAAAAACUAAUGGUUACUGCAGACUAUGAUAGACUUAUACGGUCACAAGUAAGCUUAGAAGAAGACGCAUUUAGUAGCGCACAUUCUAGUGAACAAUCUUUUAAAAAUAUAAGGAUAAAAUUUAAUUCAUCUGCUAAAAAGGAGAAGAAAAAAAUCGAGAAUAUGGCAAAAAAAGUGUCAAAAUCCAAACGCAGGAAAUACAAACAAACUCAUGUGACGACUCAGUAUAAAACAAGUCCAGAAUUAAUAACACCUACCAAGUUAUGGGCAAUCUUGUAUUUGGCAUUAAGAAUUCAUAAUCAGGAUAUACAUUUAAGUGAUAUGAUAAGGUAUGGGAGGGAAGGACGUUUAUCUUAUUACAGAUUAGAUCGCUUGAUACCUCCUGAAGUACCUUUAACAAAAAACGAUAUAAAUUUCUUAUCACGAGCUAUGGACAUAACACACAAGGGUAUGAGAAAUGUUAUUGGACAAAUGGCGAAAUUUCUUGAAGUCACGAAAAUAAUUUGUCCAGAUCUUUAUUCCCUUGUUAACCGAUAUUGUAUUGAAUUAGCUCUACCAAAAGGCAUAUCAUUGUAUGCUGAAAGAUUAAUAAGUUUAUCUUCUCCGAAAAUGACGUUUGAUAAAAUAUCGUGUAUCCCUAAUUAUGAAGGUCGUGCCAUGGCAUUUAUUAUUGUAAUACUGAAAACAUUAUUGAGUUUGGAUGGUAUUACAGAAAAUGAAAUUAGUAAUGUUGCCGACAACAUUAAUAGUGCAGUUAAUGAUGAAGGUAUCUGUGAUACAAAACUAUUCAGUUUUCGGGAGUGGCAAAAAUAUAUCGAAUGUAGAAGAACAAUCUUAAUUAAUGCGCACUGUCCUACCAAGUUAAAAUACAAUCCAAACAUACCAGAUGUUAAUAGUUUAUAUAUUAAAUUUUUGGAGUCUGUUGAUUCUAAAAUAGACAGAGAAGAACCUGAGAUAAUUAUACGUAAGCAUUUGAUAUCAAAUGAACUUGUUUACGCAAUGAAACAGUGUAUUACCAAUGUAAUUGCUCCGCCAUUGAAUGAGGUAAACUAUUUUUCUCCAACAUUAACGCCAAAUCAUUCGUAUCUUCAACAAUUAUUGGAGCAUCCACUAUACGAUCUUCCGGAUAUGCUCCGAAAUGACUUUUCGUCUACAAAAAUUGGAUACUUGAGAAAAUCAAAACUUAUCCACAAAUUGAUUUCACAUUAUGAUAUUCAAAUAGAUUCUAUUGAUUCAAAUUUACAUUUUAUUGAAAAAAUAGUACCAGUUUUCGAGCAAACAAAAAUCGCCAGUAUAAAAAAUUUGAAAAGCGAAAUUACGGUAGAAAAUUUUAUGGAAGAUGAUGAGAAAUGUGAGAGAAAAGAAAAUUUUAUUGAUUAUCUACUUAAGGAGAUACCCUGUCAAUUUAAAAUUGAUGUAAAAAAGAAGGAAUAUUAUGACGAUACAAUCAUACAUAAAGCGCCUCCGUUAGCAUCCGCAUUAACCGAUGAAUUUAUAUUUCAUGAGAUUUUUCCAGAUGGUAAAUUAUCAAUCCCAGAUAGAUAUCUAGAUGAUGACGAAAAUCAGGAUGAUAAUGAAAGUAAGGAUGAUGAUGUAUGUCUACAAAAUAUUGUUCCUCAACAAACGAUAUCAUCAUUAUCCAAGUUUUGUAAAGCAUAUAAUAUAAAUCUCUCAAGUACAGAAAAAAAAGCUAUUUUGAUAAAUUCCAGCCAACCGAAGAAACAAAAGCGUAAACUUGUGCGAAAUUCGUUUGGUAAAUUUGUCAAACAAACCGAUACUUCUCUCAAUAUGGAAAAAAAGAGUCCAAAUAAAGAUGAUAAUUAUAUGAAGCAAACUGAAAUUAUUUCAACAGAUGUUUCUGGAAUUGAAAAUAUGUUACCAGAGGUGUCCGAUAUAUUGAACUUGAGUGCCAACGCAUCUAUUUUUGAUAAUUUUAUCAAACUUGAAAAUGGACAUGAUAUGAAUGAUCAAUCUAAGAAAGAAACUUGUAAUAAAAUCAAACUUGAUUCGGUUAUCGAUGAAUCUAUUAUGGAUAAAAGAUUAAAUAAUAACAUUCUUAGAUUGUUUAAACCGUUUAAAGAUUAUUGGAUGUAUCAUUGUAAUUUUAGCCGUGUGAAGUCAAAAAAUUUUGAAAUAUUUGAGAAAAUGUUGCCAAGGAGUUUUCGAUGGUUACUGAAUGAAUGCGCGAGCAACAUUGAAAUGUCGACGGAAGAUCUGUAUGAAGAAGUGUGCCUCAUCGAAGCUUAUUAUGCGUAUGUCUCGGAGGGAUCCAAGAUUCAUUCGUGUCCAACAAAUAAAAGUGAAAAUUGCACCAAUCAAGCAUAUAUCAAUGCAGUUUUAAAGAAAUGGUAAAGCUAAACAAUUAUCACAUACAUCAAACU